AUGGAAAAACAGGCUAGUGAUUUGCAUAGAAUUGUGCAAAAAUCUAUUGAGUCUCUUAAAGAAUAUGUGAACAAGUUUAACAGGGAGAAGGUGUCCGUUCCAAAUUGUGAUGCUCGAACAGCCAUAGAGGCUUUCAGACGUGGCUUAGAUGAAGAGUCUGACCUCUACAAGGAGCUGACCAAGUAUCCCUACCUUACGUUCGAGGAUGCUCAAGCCAAGGCGUUGGCUCAAAUCAGGCUGGAGGAAGACAUGCAGUCCAGAAAGGCUUAUGCCGGUGUUGAUAGCCGGAAGGCGGCGACCAACAAGGAGGCGUCGUGGCGUCAAAAGCCUUAUGAGCGCCCGCAGCAGGGCCAUAGCGUCCGUCAUGUCGGUUCAGCCAACGACUGGAAGAAUGAUCCUGGCCUACCCCCUAAGCUAGCCGAAUAUGGUUUCAACGUCACCAUGGGAGGUAUCAUUAACACUUUGCAUUCUUUAGGUUCUGCUGUUAAAUGGCCUUACAGGAAUGAGAAGCCGACGGCCGAUCGCGACAAGUCCAAAUGGUGCGAGUUCCAUGGAGACCACGGACAGCACACUGAUGAAUGCAUCGCCUUGAGGCGAGAGGUGUCCCACCUGCUGAAGCAAGGAUAUCUAAAGGACUUGCUGACGGAGAAAGGGAAGCAGACGGCGUCGAAAAAUGACGACCGACGUCAACCACCGUCAUCACCAGCACAUGUCAAGGCAAUUGACGUAAUUAGCGGUGGAUCAGAUAUAUGUGGACUAACAUACUUUGCAGCUAAGCGACAUGCACGAGAUGGUCCGAAUCAGGACGAUGUCCCAAAAGAGCUUCGUCACCCACGUGACGCUGAGUUGGAGGCCAUGCCCAUCACCUUUGAUGACGCCGAUCUCGGCGACGACAGGGAUAUACAUCAUGACGGUCUGGUAAUAUCUCUAACUGUCAGUAAUUGCUUGCUUAGAUGUGUGUUAGUGGACAAUGGCAGUUCAGCAAACAUCCUGAUGAGAGGCGCUCUAGAAGACAUGGGGAUUGAUGAGCGGGAUGUCAUUCGGAAAUCCACCGUCCUUGUCGGAUUUAGUGGAGAAUCCAAGCAUACUAUGGGAGAAGUGACGUUGCCCGCCUUCGCCAAGGGAGUUAAUAUGCCAACAAAGUUUUAUGUCAUUGACUGCCCUUCUUCUUAUAAUGUGAUUUUAAGUAGGCCAUGGAUCCAUAGCAUGAAGGUUGUCCCCUCAUCGUUCCAUCAAUCUUUAAAGUUCCCCACGAAAUGGGGAGUGCAGGAGAUCAAAGGGGACAGACGGAUCGCAAGAGAAUGCUACAAGAAAUCUCUCAAACCAAGGAAGUCGGAAGCAUAG